AUGGCGGUGCAGGAGUCGGCCGCCCAGCUCUCCAUGACCCUGAAGGUGCAGGAGUACCCGACCCUCAAGGUGCCUUACGAAACCCUGAACAAACGCUUCCGAGCUGCUCAGAAAAACAUCGACCGUGAGACCAGCCACGUCACCAUGGUGGUGGCCGAGCUGGAGAAGACCCUGAGCAGCUGCCCUGCCGUGGACUCCGUGGUCAGCCUGCUGGACGGUGUGGUGGAGAAGCUCAGCGUCCUCAAGAGGAAGGCGGUGGAGUCCAUCCAGGCCGAGGACGAGAGCGCCAAGCUGUGCAAGCGAAGGAUCGAGCACCUCAAGGAGCACAGCAGCGACCAGCCGGCCGCCGCCAGCCUGUGGAAGCGGAAGCGCAUGGACCGCAUGAUGGUGGAGCACCUGCUGCGCUGCGGAUACUACAACACGGCCGUGAAGCUGGCGCGGCAGAGCGGCAUCGAGGACCUGGUGAACAUCGAGAUGUUCCUGACCGCCAAAGAGGUGGAGGAGUCCUUGGAGAGGCGCGAGACGGCCACGUGCCUGGCCUGGUGCCACGACAACAAGUCCCGGCUGCGCAAGAUGAAGAGCUGCCUGGAGUUCAGCCUCCGGAUUCAGGAGUUCAUCGAGCUCAUCCGGCAGAACAAGAGGCUGGAUGCCGUGCGACACGCACGGAAGCACUUCAGCCAGGCCGAGGGGAGCCAGCUGGACGAGGUCCGGCAGGUCAUGGGCAUGCUGGCCUUUCCGCCAGACACACACAUCUCCCCCUACAAGGACCUGCUGGACCCGGCCCGGUGGAGGAUGCUAAUCCAGCAGUUCCGGUACGACAACUACCGGCUGCACCAGCUGGGGAACAGCUCCGUGUUCACCCUCACCCUGCAGGCCGGCCUCUCGGCCAUCAAGACUCCGCAGUGCUACAAGGAGGACGGCAGCUCCCGGAGCCCCGACUGCCCCGUGUGCAGCCGCUCCCUGAACAAGCUGGCGCAGCCCCUGCCCAUGGCCCACUGCGCCAACUCCCGCCUGGUCUGCAAGAUCUCUGGCGACGUGAUGAACGAGAACAACCCGCCCAUGAUGCUGCCCAACGGCUACGUCUAUGGCUACAAUUCUCUGCUCUCCAUCCGCCAAGACGACAAGGUGGUGUGCCCGCGAACCAAAGAGGUCUUCCACUUCUCCCAGGCCGAGAAGGUGUACAUCAUGUAG